AACAUACUGGAUCAAAAAUCUCAGCCACCUAGGUGCGGGUGUGCAUGACCAUUCUGGACCCAAAGGAUACUGCGAGUACUUGGUCGAAUGGUACAUCUAUUAACGUGUGAAUACUCAAAGUAAAGGCAGCGAGCGGGCCGCUAUGAUUUACUUUGAAAUGGAAUCAUAUGUGUUCCACUCAUAAUUCAGGCUUCAAUUAUCGGUAUCCAGGAACGACAAUCCCACAUGGUACAAGCAAUCUCUUGGCACCUAAUUGCGGAUCACUGUCCUUGCUCAACCGAGUCUACCCUACUGUUCUCUGUAGGUCUGGGGUAUUCCGAAUAGCUCAUAAUCCUCCGCGGUUCAUCCAGUGUCAUGGUAUAUAGAGCAGGUCGCCGAAGGCUGGAUUGACAGUUUCCUUUGCUCUCAGCUCCUGGUCUCUUGCCCCAAUGUUCAAACACGCUCUCUACCAGACUGUCUUCGCUGCCGCUGUGCUCGCGCUCGUGUCUGCCGUGCCAACGGAGGACCUUGAAGCGCGUGCGAGCUGCACCGUUGACUCCGUUUCCGCUGCCUCCUCGAUAUCCAGCUGCUCGUCAGUCACUAUCAAGGCGUUCACCGUUCCAAGUGGAAGCACAUUGACGCUCUCCCCCGCAUCUGGCGCGACUGUUACCAUGGCUGGUGACAUUACGUUCGCUAAGACAACCAGCUCGGGUCCAUUGUUCACCAUUGACGGUGACAACAUAACAUUCAAGGGCGCUGGAUACAAGUUCAACGGAAACGGUGCCUCAUACUGGGACGGCGAAGGCACGAACGGUGGUGUUGAUAAGCCUCAUCCAUUCUUGAAGUUCAAGGGCUCUGGCACCUACUCUUCGUUUACGGUCUUGAACAGUCCCGCACAGGCAAUCUCUAUCGGCAACAGCGACGGACUUACGUUUGAUAGCAUCACCGUCGACAACAGUGCUGGCGACACCAGCAGUCUGGGUCACAAUACCGACGGUUUCGACGUUUCUGCUGACUAUGUCACGAUCCAAAACUCUGUCGUCAAGAACCAGGACGAUUGUAUCGCCAUCAACUCUGGCUCCAACAUUGUUUUCAAAAACAACCAGUGCUCUGGCGGUCACGGUAUCUCCGUUGGUUCGAUUUCCACAGGCAAAACAGUCACCGACGUGACUAUCUCUGGCAACACCGUUACGGACUCUAUGUAUGGACUCAGAAUCAAGGUCAAAGCAGAAGCCACAAGCGCUAAGGUGUCAGGCAUCACGUACUCUGGCAACACCAUUAGCGGUAUCACCAAAUAUGGCGUCCUGAUCUCACAGUCAUACCCCGACGAUGCUGGUACUCCUGGAACUGGCGGUCCCAUCUCUGGUGUGAGCUUCACUGGCAGCGCUACUACAGUCAAGGUCGGAGACAAGGCGAAGCGACUCACUGUUGACUGCGGCAACUGCUCAGGAACAUGGGACUUCUCCAAGUUGACGGUCGCUGGUGGAUCAGCUGGAACUGUCUCUAGUGAUGAUGCUACUAUCUCCGGUGGAUCGUAUUAGGUUUGCGUCCAUUCAUCCAAGUCGUGUCCGGGUGGAGCGUAAGGAGAU